UGCCUCCUUGGGAAGAUGAGGACAAGGAAGCCCUCCUGCCCGCUGGAGACGGUCUGGGAGGAUAAGCAUAAAUAUGAUGAAGCAGAGCGGCUAUUCUACGAACGGGAAGCCACGCAGGCCGCCGCAGCCCAGGCCAAGCAGCAACCAGAGGAGGUGGUGAAUGGCCUCAGCCAGGAUGAUUCAGGGGACAGUAGCGGGCGGGACACCAAGAAAGCCAGCAAUGGGAAGAAGCAGAAGAAGAGGAAACGUUCACCCAAGAACCACCCAUCCCAGACCAACCUGGCCCUAGUGGGCCUGUCAGCUGACCCAGUUUGGUUUGAAAAGCCAUUUUUUGACCAGGCAGAGACAUCCUACCGCAAGAAGCUUGCAGAUGCAGUAGCUCCACUGGCAUCCAAGCCAGGGAAGGCCUUGACGGCACCCUGUACCCAUGGGAGCCGUGUGGCCUGCCACCAUAUGGCUUGUGGCAUCUGGGUUAACAAAUUCUACUUUGACCGAGCUGAGAUGGCAUUCGUGGGGUGGACGCAGGCGUCCACCCCACCACAUUCCCUGAACAUCUCAUCCCCACAGCUACCACAGGACACAAGUGUGGCAAGUGGGAGGGGCACCCCAGAUGAAGGGUAUAUGACAGCUGUAACUACUCCUGCUACCCCAGGGCCACCCAUUAGAGGCUCAUCCUUCACUGCUUGCUGGCCCAGCUCACCAGCCAAUGGUAAACCCCAGCUUUUUAGUCUUCAGGCAAUGAUGCAGGAAGUGUGGUUGGAAAAGCCCCAGUAUGAUGAUGCUGAGAGAUGUUUCUAUGAGGCCAUGUUUGAUGGCCACCCACCAGGGAAGGUGAGGCUGCAGGAACGGGGUGGGCCACCUGAUGUAGCACGGCGGGGAAGAAAAGAUAGACGGAACAGAAACAACACCAACAAACGUCUUGGCCCAAAGCGGGUAGACCCUGUGCCCUCCAAAGAAGUGGAUCCCGUCUUGCCCUACUGGUACUUCUUGCACAAAGAUGGCGAACCCCCAUGGCUCAGCAAAUCAGCUUAUGACAGUGCCGAAUCCCGCCACCAUGCCACUGAGGCUCUGCGGAUGUCCUGGCGAGCAGAAGCACCUCCAGUCUCACCAGUCCCUGCCCAUCGGCCGCCUUCCCGCGCUGUCCCCUCAGCAUCUGCACCAAGACCAAAGAAGAUGGCAACCAGCUUCCUGGUGCAUGAGAAGAUCUGGUUUGACAAAUUCAAGUACGAUGAUGCAGAGAGAAAGUUCUAUGAGCAGAUGAAUGGUCCUAUGCCAGUCUCUUCCCGACAGGAGAACGGCGCCAGCGUGAUCCUCCGUGACAUUGCCAGAGCCAGGGAGAAUAUCCAGAAAUCGCUGGCCGGAAGUGCAAACACCAGCUCUUCCAGUGGUCCCAGCGGGGACCAUAGUGAGCUGGUCACCAGAAUUUCCAAUCUAGAGGUAGAGAACCAGAGCCUUCGGAGUGUGAUUCGGGACCUACAGCUCACCAUCUCCAAGCUUGAAAUCCGGCUGUGUACCCUGGAGAAAUGCUCCCCCUCCCACCGCUCUCCAGCUCCUCAGACUCAGCAUGUAUCCCCUAUGCAGAAGGUGGAGCUACCCACCACGUCACCCGCCAAGAAGGUGGCCACCCCAGCGGAGGACGAUGAGGAAGAUGAUGAUAUUGACUUGUUUGGUAGCGAUGAUGAGGAAGAGGACAAGGAAGCAGCCCGGCUUCGGGAGGAGCGGCUCCGGCAGUACGCAGAGAAGAAGGCCAAGAAGCCAGGGCUGAUUGCAAAGUCUUCCAUCCUCCUAGAUGUCAAGCCUUGGGAUGAUGAAACAGACAUGGCAAAGUUGGAGGAGUGUGUCCGCUCCAUACAGCUGGAUGGACUGGUCUGGGGAGGCUCCAAGCUGGUGCCUGUGGGGUAUGGCAUUCGGAAGCUGCAGAUCCAGUGUGUGGUAGAGGAUGACAAGGUGGGCACAGACAUCCUGGAGGAGGAGAUCACCAAGUUCGAAGAUUAUGUGCAGAGUGUUGACAUCGCUGCUUUCAACAAGAUCUAAAAGGCCCCUGAAUGUGUGUGAAUCUGUAACCAAAAUAAAGGCUGAGAUUUGAGGUG